AAGCUGAGUGCUUCAAACGGAGGCGCUCCGGGCAAACCUGGACAGACGCACGUCAGACGCAGACACAACAAGCGCAUUGAAGGACUAUUGUGAACCAAUUUAAAAAUGAAAAGGAAUCACGAUUUUAGCUCCUCGGACAGCGAGCUGGAUGAGACUAUUGAGGUGGAGAAGGAGAGCGCGGACGAGAAUGGGAACAUGAGCUCUCCUCUCGGGUCCAUGUCUCCCACAACCUCAACUCAGGUGCAGGCGAGAAAAAGGCGUCGAGGAAUUAUUGAGAAACGGCGCCGUGACAGAAUCAACAACAGCCUCAGCGAGCUGCGCAGGCUGGUUCCCAGCGCCUUUGAGAAACAGGGCUCAGCCAAACUGGAGAAAGCAGAGAUUUUGCAAAUGACUGUUGACCAUCUGAAGAUGCUUCAUGCUGCUGGAGGCAAAGGUUAUUUUGACGCCCAUGCCCUGGCGAUGGACUACCGUGGUCUGGGUUUCAGGGAGUGCCUGGCUGAGACGGCCCGCUAUCUGAGCAUAAUCGAAGGCUUGGACAGCACAGACCCUCUGCGGCUCCGUCUGGUCUCCCACCUAAACAACUACGCCAGUCAAAGGGAGGCUCACUCUGGCCUGAGUCACCUGGCGUGGGGCUCUGCGUUUGGAUCCCCUCCUGCCCACCUGACCCACCCCCUCCUCCUCCAGCACCAACAGCACCAACCACUGGCACCUUUACCCCGCAGCGCCACCAGCAGCCCACAAACUCCCCUGUCGUCUACAUCCACUUCAUCCGCCUCUUCCUCCUCCUCUUCUUCAUCAUCCUCGUCGGCUGCAGAGACUCACGUCCCAGGCAGGCGCAGCGGCAGCGUCACCCCUCACUCAGAUCAAGUCCCGAUCCGGGUUCCCCCCACCACUGCCGCUCCUACCACCGUCCACCACGCCUUGGUCUCCUCAUCAGCGUCCAAGCUCUCCCCUCCUCUCCUCUCCUCCCUCUCUGCGUUCCCCUUCCCCUUCAGCGCCUUCCCCCUCAUCUCCCCCACCACCACCAUCAGCGCCCCAGCACCAACAUCCAGUGUGGGCAAACCCUACAGACCCUGGGGUAUGGAGAUAGGAGCUUUCUGACUGAAGUGAAAACCUACACAAUGUAGACUCACUACCCAGCUGAGCUGGACUUUCAAGGACAAGGACUUUUUAUUUUCCCAACUAAGAAAGUACUAUUUUUUCUAUGAUGUUGACAUCCCACAGAGGAUACACCUAGCUAUAGGAGUUUUAUUUUCUUGCUAAUGUAUUGUGUUUUGUAUAGAAGAAAAAAAAACAGUGAGGAGGGAGACGAUGACUAAAAAGCAGCAAGAGUGAUUUAUUGUGAUUGAUCUCUGUUCCUGCCUACCCCUUUAGAAGUUUCACCCGCUGUUGUCAGCCUAUCAGGAAUGGCUUUUCCAGAUGGUCAAGCAGUCGCCGCCCGUCAAGUUCCUGGGCGAAAUUGCCCCCCCCCUUUGUUUUCCCUCUGAGCUGAAACACCCAGUGUUGGUGCCCUGGUUAAAUACAGAGAGGAGGGGGUGUGAAAGGAGGGACUGAGGUGGUUGGGAGUCACCCCCUUUUUACGGCAUUUUAUGGGGUGGAAUAACCGAAACCAGGUGUUUGUUUGACUAAAUACUGGGAACAGAAGUUAUCUACCAGCUUGGUUGAAAUAAACUUAACCAUGAUUUACCCACGAUCUCCGAUGUUCAUAUGGCGCUCCAUUGUUUAAACUUGCUUCCUCAAGUUAUGUUUCCUCUCUACAGUAAAUCUUGUCCUUAACAGUUGAGGCUGCACAUAUGUUUUACCAGUUUUCUACCAGCUUUUACACAUUUUUUUCAUUCCUCAUGUAACUGAUGCUUUUUUUAUUACCUUGUUUGUUCCUGUUCAAAGUAGCAGCAUUUUAUCGAGUCAGUGUAUUUGUAUCCGUCACUGCAGUUGCAGUAAAACAAGGCAACACAAUUCAGUUGUUUUUCCUUUAGAAAGACCAACUUCUGCUUUGCACCUGAUAUUUUGGUGUCUCCUGGUAAACCUCACUGUGAGUUUGUAUAUUUUAUGGUUGUACAAAGCACAAGCAAGCACAGACAAAUCAGAUUUCUCAGCUUUUCAAAGUCAUUGCUGGUGGUAAUGACAACUUCCCUGUAAUAAAUGAGUUCAGAUAAAUCA